GGCGGUAGUGCUCUUGACAUUCGUGUACGUGUGUUUAAUUAUUUCUACAGGAAAGUGAACAUUAUAACUAAGUGAUUUUCAGUGAUUUUUUUCGAUUGUAUUUUUGUUGAUACAACUGGUUUAAAAUAUCGGACAUUUGUUUAUUCUAUCAACCAUGACUUCACUCUGAAGACGGUGUAAGUGUGUACCAGAAGGAAAGCAGCACCUUGGCCACAAUGUUCCAGAAACCAACCUUCGGAGCCAAUUCCUCGGGCUUCGGCUCCUUCAAUGCGGGUGCAACAACAUCCUCCCCCUUCGGCGGGGGCUUCAAGAGCACCACCAACAGCGCGUUCGGAGCCCCGCCGGCCUUUGGGGCCACCGCGCAGCCCGCGGCCGGAGGUGGUUUGUUUGGGGCGACCAACCCUUCAAGUGGAGUGUUUGGCUCAACAAACACAUCUGGGUUCGGUUCAGGAGGAGGCUUCGGAGGGUUUGGGGCGGGCUCGUCAGGCGGGGGCCUGUUCGGAGCCUCGCAGCCUGCUCCGCUGUUUGGGGCGCAGCAGCAGCAGCCCUUCCAGGCGAAACCAGCUGGUUUCGGGUUCGGCGGCACCUCGACCAGCACGGCGGGCCCCGCGGCCGGCUCGACGCUGUUCGGCGCCGCGCCGGCCGCGGGCGGCAUGUUCGGCCAGCAGCCCAACAUGGGCGGCACGCUGUUCGGCAACAAUGCCGGAGGUUUCGGACAGCAACAGACGGCCACGGGCACAGCUCACGCUAAAUACAACCCAGUGGUUGGCACCGAUGUGGUCGUCAAGUCCGGGACAUCACAGAACAUCAACAUCAAGCACCAUUGCAUCACUUGUAUGAAGGAAUACGAGAACAAAUCUUUGGAAGAAUUGAGACUUGAGGACUACACGGCGGGCCGCAAGGGGGCGCAAGGUGGCGGCGUGUUUGGUUUCAAUCAGCCGCAGGAGAACAAGCCACUAUUCGGCGGUUCCACGUUCGGUGCGCCGGCCACGACGAGCACGGGGGCGGGCGCGGGCGCGGGGGCGGGGGCGGGGGCGGGCGUGUUCGGCGGCGCCGCCAACACCGGCUUCGGGAACAACAGCACAUUUUCGUUCGGCGGCGCCCCGCAAAACACGACGCAAACCAACUCCUUAUUCGGCGCCAACAAACCCGCCUUCGGGGCCACCUCCACCGUUGGCACUGGGUUGUUCGGAGCGACGACCACACAGACACCUACCUUCGGCACCGCCACAUCUACUUUUGGAGGGUUCGGGACAAACACAGCCACACAGCCAAGCGCAGGCCUGUUCGGUGCCAAGCCAGCCACGAGCGGGUUCGGGGCGACGCCCAGCUCGGGCUUCGGGUCGUUCGGGUCGGGCGGCGGCCUGUUCGGCGCCAAGCCCGCCACGCAGGCGUCCGCCUUCGGACAAGCUGCACCCGCAUUUGGUUCCCUGAACACAUCAGGGUUCGGAACAACGACGAGUACUGCAGGCGGUCUGUUUGGGGCCAACAAUACAUUUGGCAAGCCUGCAACACAACCUACUUUCGGCUUUAACCAGCCCACGCUCGGUGGCGGUCUGGGCGCGAACACGUUCCAAGCGAAGCCCGCCGGGCCCGCGUUCGGAUCGCUAGGCGGUGGGUCAAUGUUCCAGCAGCCGCAGCAACAGAACACCUUUAAAACUGAUGGUCUAGGAGGUGGAUUAGGCGGUGGUAUGUUCAACACGAGUGGUCUGGGCGGCCUGGGUGGUCUAGGCACGCAACAGACAUUCGGCACGAAUAAUAGCUUCAUGGGACAGAGCGUUCUAUCAGCGGCCCCUCAAAACGUCCACGAGCAGAUUCUGUCGCUAGUCGCCCGCCCCUACGGAGAUUCACCGCUCUUCAAAGACUUGGUCCCUGAUACUUCCACAACAGCGGAAGAUGCUCUAAAGCCCACAAAUCCAGCGGCCGUAGCGGCGGUGCUGGCCAACGACGCGAACUACAGAGUCGGCUCCUCUGUCUCACGGCUCAAAGUGCUGCCCAGGGCCUCCUCGCACCCUCAGAAAUCACUGUUCGACGGUCUAGAAGAGUACGACGCCAGUUUAGAAGACCAGCUGACUCUCAAACCGAGCAGAAAGCGCCUCGUACUGCGUCCCAAGAACACCGCCACGCCGGAACCAGAAACACAAAACAGAUCGUUAGACGAGCAGAACCAUAGAGACGUGCCUACCCAGACGGAAAAAGAGCGGACGGAGGUCAACUCUAACGACGACCCAGACGGACGACGGAACCUUAGCAACAAUAACAAUAUAGAACUCAGUUCAGAGAAACAUGCCAGUUGGCUCAGUUCUCCAAAGGCUGCGUGGCACGAUAAGGAGAAACAAAGCGAAGAAGAGCCUACGUCCCGACUCUAUCCUGAUUUAGAUAAGGAGUUACCGGCACAGUUUCCUGAACGUCGGUCUAGUUGGCUAACAACGAAGCCCCUUCGGAAACCGCUGCCCUCCGCCGCCGAGACCUCCGCCGAACAUUCAUUGCGGGAACUCCGUGUCUGGACCGAAAGAGACAAGGAGAACAUCGACAGCUUGUCCGAUGAGGAGUGUAUGACCCGCGAGCCACCGCCGGCCGCGCCGCACCCGGCGGGCGUCAAACUGACCAGGCCUGGAUACUACACCAUACCCUCCCUAGAGGAGAUGGUCGCAUACAUGCGACCGGAUGGUUCGUGCGUGGUGCCGCACCUGACUAUCGGCAGAAAGAACUACGGGAACGUGUUUUACGAUUGCGAGGUCGACGUUGCUAACUUAGAUCUCGACGCGUUAGUGCACUUCCUAAACAAGGAGGUGAUUGUGUACCCCGAGGAUUCAGACAAGCCACCGGUGGGCCAAGGACUGAACCGGCGCGCCGUGGUCACGCUCGACCGGAUCUGGCCCAGGGACAAGACGGAGAAGACCCCCAUCACGGACCCGGAGAGAUUACUAACAAUGGACUACGAGGGUAAGCUGCGGCGUGUCUGCGACAAACACGACACGAAAUUCAUCGAAUACCGCCCGCAGACCGGCAGCUGGGUCUUCCGAGUGGAGCAUUUCAGCAAGUAUGGUUUAACUGACUCGGACGAAGAAGAUGACCCAACACCGACGGUGCUCAAGCGGCAACUUGUCAAUGAAUCUUUGCAGAUAAAUGCUGCCCCAGCUCAAAUACCACCAGUAUCAUCAGCGCCCGGCCUCGGCCCCGGCCUAGGAGGCCUCAGCAGCCUCGCCGGCCCCGGCCUGGGCGGCCUCGGCCUCAGCGGGCCCGGCCUCGGUGGUCUCGGAGCGCCGGGAUUGGGAGAUGAUAGCUUGUAUGCUAUGCAGCAUACGUCUCUUGAUCUGCUGGGUCAGGCUGGGAAAGCCUUUGAGAUGGACACGACAGAGGACAACGGCGAGCCUCAGAGCCUCUACGACUCCACCAGAGGAUUUGGAGUGAAGAGUCCCACUGCAGAACUGGCCCGGUUUGAGAACAGACAGAGCCAUCAUAUGCAAUUGAUGAAGGCAUCCAUUUAUGCUGAUGAUAUGGAGAUGGACGACGGCACGUCAACGUCCACGGGCGACCAGCAAGUCCCAGCACCGAGGAGCGUGUUCCGUCUGGCCCCGAGGGACAACCUGCCCCCCGACGUAGAGGAGACCGGGGCAUUAGUACACCUACCUGACAUAUCGUCUGGCGCGGAUCUACCUAUGCGGCCUCUCAUCGUCAAUCCAGAGAAAAUCGUACUCAAGUACCACAGGAAAGUGAUGCCGUUCAAACUGACUAUUGCUGGUAAACUGGACGCGGCAUGCAUAGCGGAUCUGUCAGUGAGUCGCGCUCGCCACAGUCGCGUCGGGUUCGGUCCCGGCGGCGCUAUGGUCUUCACCUCUACGUAUGACGCUCUCGCCGACCUGCCUAGAGCGGCACAACUAUCAGAAAUCGGCAAGUACGUCGCGGGACGUGCUGAAGACGACUGGAGCGAGACUGUGGUCGCCAGGCUCGCUAUAGGACAAACUGACACCACCAACAACUUUAUGGCCACGCUCACCAAGCAGAUGGAAAUCCUCCUGGAAUGGUCGACGUGUUUCCCCGCCGAGGAGUCCGCCGGGGAGCACUGUCCGCGCCUCACGCUGAAGGAGGCGCCGCGGGACCGGAGGGAAGCCCUGCGGGCGCUCCGCGAGCAGGCGGGGCAGGACCGGGACAGGACAACUAAGUUUGGUGUGUCGGGAGCGUACUGCUAUGAAGUGUGGACGCUUUGCGAGGCGCUGUGGGGCGCGGACUUAGAUAACGGCGGAAUUCCCGGUACAGAUGACUUGUCGAUAGUAAACCGUCAUCGGGAGCUAUUACGUUGGCUGACGGAGACAGUAGCUGGCAUAACCGACCGUGAGCUAGAGCGGCCUUGCAAACCAGAGGCAGAAGAUGAGUCGGACGGGCACAGUGCGCGUGUAUGGACCCUGCUAUUAGGCGGGCGGUUGCUCGAAGCCUGCAAGGUAUCGAGAGACCACGGAGACAUGCACAUGGCAUCACUCAUCGCGCAAGCGGCAGGAGACGGGGUAUUCCGAAGCCUCAUAGCUCGGCAGCUGUCCCAAUGGCGAGAGUGCGGAGCCGAAAGCACAGUGUCAGCCCACCGACUGGCCUCUUUACAACUCCUCGCUGGCUUGGAGAGCCCCCGGACUAAGCUCAUGGAAAGCGACUGGCUGCAAACAUUACAUGCCACCGCCAGAUACAUCUGCGCCCCCGUCCCGUCCCUGGAGCACGUGAUCCGCACGUACGAGAGCUUCUUCGUGUCGGGCACGGAGGCCGAGGCCGACCUCACCGUGGUGCUGGACGACCAGGCCGAGCUCAAGUGUCCCCUGCCCCCCUAUAUGGGGGAAUAUGACGUCACCGUCCACGAUAACGGCAAGCAACGCCGCGUGCUCGACCUCCGCUACGAGCUGCUCCGGGCUCGGGCCUUCAACCACCGACCCAAGCUGCACCCCGCCGCCUACACCCCCGACCCUACCGAUUACAGUUUAAGCUUCCUUCUCGGCGUGUGGUUCGGCAGCCCGUCUAUAGAGAGCAUCACUGGAGUAGCGGAGCAGUUAGAGGCGGCAGGAGCGUGGCAUCUCGCCGUGCAGGCGUUGGCUCACCACCCUAACGAAGCCGCUCGCGGGCACCUGAUCCGCGGCGUGCUGUCCCGCCACGCGCCCUCGCGCGCCGACACGCCGGAGCUGCGCGCGCGGCUCGAGCUGAUGGAGGCGCUGCACGUGCCGCGCCGGUGGCUGCUGCUCGCGCAGGCGCACCGCGCCAAGUACGAGCACCUACCGGCAGUGGAGGUGGAGCACUUGGUCGGCGCUGAGCAAUGGAACGCCGCUCACAAAGUGCUGCUAGAAGAACUGCUGCCUGAAGCUGUGUUAGCCGAUGACCUGCGCAGUAUAGCACCGCUGCUCGAACAGCUAAACGAGGCCGCAGAACGUCACGAGGUCAGCGGCUGGCAGCACGGAGGACAAGCACUCCACCACUACAUCAGGGUGUGCGACGAGAUCCGCAGCCUAGUAUCGUGUAUGGAUGCCGACAGAGAGAGCGUUCAGACUCGCUUGGAGGCCCUCCGGCCUCGCGUGGCCGCCGCCUGCCGCGCCCAAGCGGGCCUCGCGGUUAAAACCCCCCGGCACGCCGCGGCGCGCGCAGAGAUGGGCGCGCGGCUGCUGCAGCUGGCCGUGGCCGCGCGCGAGCCGCCCGCGCACCUGGCCGCGCUGCUGGCCGCCCUGCCCCUGCCGCCCGACUGCACCGCCACCGCCCGACAGAAGAUCACGAUGGAGCUCGCCGAGCAGGCGUCAGAAAUGUGCAUAGAAUCGUCAGACACAUCUCCACACAGGCCGACGAUACAGGCGUAAGCGAGCGGUAUAACAUGUGGUAUUUUCUUUAAAAAGGGGCCUUAUUGUCCGUUACGCCAUUAUUAACGACGCUCCGAUAUAAAUACAAUGCCGCGCGACGCUGUGCGGCGUAAACGCCAUCGACUAAGGUCCCUUUUCAUAGAAAAUGCCCCAAAUAGUCGUGGUUAAGAGGUUCCCUUAAGCGCCACUUGCACCAUCCCACUAACCCGGGGUUAACCGUUAACCCAGUGUCAAAUUGUAACUAUGGUAACUCUAGGUUUAACCGGUUACGGGUUAGUGGAAUGGUGCAAGUGGCCCUAAGUCACACGUAUCCGCCGCACAAUGCCGCACCCAUACAAUUGAUACAAUCGACGUUACGCUCUCAUUUGUGACGUUUUCAACCAAAAGGUACCACAUUGUCGUUAGUCGAUAAGGUUGAUUUCAAAUUGAAGUUAUAUGGAAAUAGCGCUUUAUUGACAAUCAUCCAUGCCAUGCCAUCAGAUAUAUCGGAGCGGCCGAGGUGCUCACAAAUAUCUGAACACGCCUCUAUUGUCAACGCAUUAGAGUGAGUGUUCAGAUAUUUUUAAAUAAUUGUGCCGCUUCAAUAUAACUAAUGGCGACUGUACUAUACCUCGUUUUAUUAGCAUUAGAAAAGAUUACACGAUCUUCAAUUAUUUUUUUAAUAAAAAUAAAAUAAAAUAAACAGUAACUGUUACUUUUAAAAACCAAAACAAUGUAAAUCCAUAUACUAAUAUUAUAAAUGCGAAAGUCUGUCUAUCUGUCUGUGUGUUCCCUCUUCACGCUUGAACCGCUGAACCGAUUUAGAUGAAAUUUGGCAUAGAGAUAGGUUGAGUCCCUGAGAAGGACAUAGGAUAGUUUUUAUCCCUAAAAUCAUCCCUUAAGAAAGUAUAAAGCGGGGUGGAAUUGAGAUAAUUAACGAAGUGCCUGCUAAUUUGUGUGCAUAAUAUGCUCAAAUUUAGAUUGCUAUGAGAAUUUUUCCAGCUAGUAAACAUAUAUAUUUUAUAAUUGUUACAUAUUUGCUGUGAAUCAUUUUUAGGGGUCCGUACUCAAAGGGUAAAAACGGGACCCUAAUACUAAGACUCCGCUGUCCGUCUGUCUGUCACCAGGAUGUAUCUCAUGAACCGUGAUAGCUAGGCAGUUGAAAUUUUCACAUUUUAAUGUAUUUCUGUUGCCGCUAUAACAAAUACUAAAAAGUACGGAACCCUCGGUGGGCGAGUCUGACUCGCACUUGUCCAGUUUUUUUAUUUAGCAUUAGAAAAGACUACACGUAACACGAUCUUCAAUUUUUUUUAUAUAUAAAAAAAAAUAGUAACUUACUUUUGAAACCAACACAAUAUAAAUGAACAUAUAUUAUAUAUAUAUAUAUGUUUUUUUUUUUUAGCGGUGUUUUGUUUUAUUUUAUCAGAGUAAGCAAUUAAGUGAUACCUAUAAUGACUACGAGUAUAAUGGAUUAAAUACUUAGAAUAGAAACAAUAAAUAAAGCCUUACAGAAAAAAUUUAACUACAAUUAACUAAACUAAAACUACUAUAAAACUAAAAAUCUAAAUCUAAAAUGGGCCCCCGUGGCAUGGUGCCGAGGAUGCUGGCAGCAUUUCCGCGCUGGAUCGCUAUGCUCAAGCGUUGGGCGAGGAAGCUGCCAGCUCUCUUAUCUCCGGUCCCAUCCACCAGCCGUUUCGCCAAUUGCCGGUAUAGGCCCUGUGCUGCGGGGCCCCACGGACCAAGAGUCUCGACUCCAAAUGCAACAAAGUUGUAGUUGGUGUCGAGACUCCCGUAUUUGCGCUUUUUGAGGGCCUCGGCCGCCUCCGCUGCCGCGCCGGCUUUGUGUGUAGUACCGUGGAGGUGGGACGGCGCUAGCGUGUCAACACAAAUUAUAUAAUUGUUACAUAUUUCAAUUCAAUUCAAUUAUUUAUUUCAGGCAAAUGCCCAUAUAAUUUGUUAUAUGUUGUGUGUUUAUAUUUGCUGUGAAUUAUUUUUCUAAUUUUUUUUCAAUAAAGAGACGUCAAGAUCGCGUAGUCUUUUUCUAAUGGUAAAAAAAACGAGGUAUAGUUAGAAUUGUAUAUAAAACUUGUAGUCGCUACUUAAAUUUCAUGUUUUUUCCGAAUUUUAGAAAGUCGUUUUAAAAUGAGAGCGUUUCUUCGAUUGUAUGGCGGCGUCUAGGUUCGUGCUAAAUGAUGGGUGGCAAAGUUUAGCUUUCCGGGCAAAGUUUACCUUUCCGGGCAAAGUUUACCUUCCCAGGCAAAGUUACUCCGUUGUCACGGAUAAUUAUAUAUAGUUAAAGAUAUAUUAAUUUUAGAAGACUUGUAAGGCUCCGUACAUUAUCUGAUAACUAUGAUUGUCAAAAUUUUACGUUUGACUACCAGUCACCAAAAAGCAUGACGCCACACAGCGCCAUCUACUUAGGCUGCCAAAAUCGGAGCAUUCAUAGACUACAACUCUUCUACAUUUAGUAAGUCGUUGGUGUAGUUUAAAUAGAAAGUUAAGCGUUUUGUUACAUCCGUAUCUCGAUCGUAGUAAAUUAUUUAGUGACAUUGAAAUUUAAUAAAAAUACAGACAUUAACAAUAUUUAAUGAGAAUUGUAUAUACUCGAGACAUUGGGACGGGUGCCGCCGUGGCCGGGUAGCUUAGUGGUCCAAGCCGCGUAAGCUGAAGAUGCCGGUUCGAAUCCGGCCUGCACCACUGGAGGGCUUGGUCACUUUUUAUUUAGUAUAUCUAUUUCAAUUUAUUAUAAAUGAGAGAUUCGAUCAAAAGCAAGCGCAUACAUAUUUGCGUACUUUAUACACGCGUUAUUUAUUAUAAACUCCAUCGUACUUUAUACUAAAUGAGCGUUUUAAUCGAGCUACGGAUGAAUUCCUAAAAAAUGUAAAAAAUAAAUUAAGUUUUCUUUAUAAGUCUUAUUGUUAAAAAGGUCGCUUUAAUAUAUGUAAAAUCUACCUUUAUUUUAGGUUUAAUUAUAAUUGUAGUUUCAUCUUUACAUCAAUACCUCUUUCAGUAAUUUGACAUUUAUUCCUUUCGAACCAUUCAAUUUUGAAUAUUAAAUUGUUUCUAUAUUAAUAUUUUAGUUCAUAUUUUCAUCUAUGAGUGUAUGACAUAUGGUAGAAACAAAGUUUUCAACAGUUUUAGGGCGUCCGCUAGUGUGGAUGGGCGCCCGCAUGCGGGUGUUAUUUUAGUUAAAAUCCCCGCCGCACGCGUCCGCCGUGCUCCCGCACGCGGGGGUUAUUGUCCGCGUCCGCGCCAGUUAGCAAUGCUCAUACUAUUUUUUUUAACCCGCUCCGUGCAACCGUGCCAGCUAGCUGACGCCCUUAGGAUAAUGAACUUCCCAAAUUGUAAUAUAAUUAAAACCAAAAAUUUAAGAUCUUAAAUAUUUUAUUGUUAACUGUUUUGACAUUUGCUUGAUUACAUCUACAUUUAUUUCGUAUUUAACUUACAGUAUUAAAAUCUAAAUUAUAUGCUAUGGCAAUUCUUUUUUGCGAAUAUUCUUAUUCAUGGUGACUACAACUUUUUUUUACAGUUGAUUUAAUUCGAAUUUAAAAUCGCAAUACAAUUCAGAUUGGACAAUACAAUCGUCAUUGUAUAUUUGUUUGCAUUAAAAAUACUUUUUUUAUGAUUUAAUAUAAGAAUUGCUAUAAAUAUGAAGGAAUUAUUAGCCUAGCAUAUAAUAUUAUGCAUAUACUGUAACAACUGACAUUUUGUUAUAAAAUAAACUUAAGUAAAAUACAAUAAGUAAUAUCGUUAUAAUAUUAUAAAUAUAAAAUUAUUUGUUGCACGAUUUUGCAUGUAUGUAUGUAUUACUGUGAUGUAUUAUCCAAUAAACUGGUCAUUCUUUAAAAGGAUUAGCUUCAAUUGUAAUAAAA